GCCAAUUGCCAAUUCCUUUCAGAAAAGUCAAACAAUCGUUGAUGGUUGGGCGCCAAUAAUUUACCGAAUAUUAAAUUUCUUUGCAUAUAGUAGAGGUAAUAACAACUUUCAUUCGCUUACCUAACACCAUACAAGUAUUUGCACCUAAAAUUUGCCAUCCGAAAAGCUCUAUUCGUAGUUUAGUCUUGCACGUGUUAAAAAAAAAUGCCGGGUGAACAAUCGCAUUUUGCAUUGCAGAAGAACGCCUCGCCGUUAAUGAUGGAAACAAUGGAUGUUGGAGCAGCAGCGGCGGCAGCGGCUACCCCGGUAGUCAACAAUCACGUUGCGAAACCGGAAAAAAUGGAAGACAUUCCUGCCGACGAGAUGACUUCCAGAGAUUACUAUUUCGAUUCUUACGCGCAUUUCGGAAUCCACGAAGAAAUGUUGAAAGACGAAGUUAGGACGCUAACGUACAGAAACUCCAUGUACCACAAUAAGCAUCUGUUCAACGGCAAAGUCGUACUCGAUAUUGGCUGCGGUACCGGUAUACUCAGUAUGUUCGCUGCGAAGGCUGGUGCCAAGAAAGUCUUAGCAGUCGAAUGCUCUAAUAUAGUCGAUUAUGCAAAACAAAUAAUUGAAGCCAACAAGCUCGAUCAUAUUAUUACGAUCGUAAAGGGGAAAGUAGAGGAAAUAACUCUACCCGAAGGCAUCGAAAAGGUCGAUAUUAUUAUAUCGGAAUGGAUGGGCUAUUGUCUUUUCUACGAGAGCAUGUUGGAUACUGUUCUGUUCGCUCGCGACAAAUGGCUAAAACCUAACGGUCUUCUAUUCCCCGACCGUUGCUCGCUAUUUGUCACCGCUAUCGAAGAUCGUCAAUACAAAGACGAGAAGAUUAACUGGUGGGAUGACGUUUAUGGCUUCGAUAUGAGUUCCAUUCGUAAGGUAGCGAUCAGUGAGCCUCUCGUAGAUGUCGUUGAUCCCAAACAAGUAGUAACGGGUCCUGCUUUAAUCAAGGAAGUCGACCUAUACACUGUUAAGAAAGAAGAUUUGGAGUUUAGUGCGCCUUUCAUCUUAACAGUUAGAAGAAAUGAUUACAUUCAAGCUUUAGUGACUUAUUUUACGGUCGAAUUUACUAAAUGCCAUAAGCGUAUCGGCUUUACCACUGCCCCGGAUGCUCCUUACACUCAUUGGAAGCAAACCGUGUUUUACUUUGAGGAUUAUAUGACGGUGAAGAAAAACGAAGAAAUUCAUGGGGUGUUCACUAUGAAACCGAAUCCGCGUAACAAUCGAGAUCUAGAUUUUGUCAUCGAGCUCAACUUCAAAGGGGAAUUGGGAGAAGUACACGAGGAAAAUAGAUAUCGCAUGCGUUAAAUUGUUUCAAUUGAUUUUCUUGAGGUGUUUCAGUGUGAUUGACUUAACCAUGUAAAUUUGCUAGUCUAACUUAAAAGUUUGACCAAAAAAAAACAACGUUUACUUGUUUUAUACUAGAAUCUGCUGGAACCAUACUGGAAAAUUCCAAUUAGAUUAUUAAGCAACAAUUUUUUGACGAUCUGUAUUUAUAAGUUUUUUUAUUUUUAUUUAAAUAAUUAUUUCAUCUCGAAAGUAUUCAAUAAAAUUUUGUCAUAACUCCUCUGAACUUAGUUUUAAUAAAUCAAGAGAAUUUCAAUAAAAUGCAUUAUAA